CUUGCUCUUUCCUUUCAUAUAUAUAGCACUAGUAACAGCUUUAUAUGUGAGUCAUGGCCAUGCAUCUUAACUAGCUAGCUUUCUCCCAAGCAAAAUCAGAAAUUAUUUUUCUUCUUCAUUGAGAUCUAGGUAGCCAUGGAGCUUCAAUAUUCCUGUUCCCAACAUGAUGAUCCCUGGUUGUUCAUCAAUGAAUUGGGUGGAGAAAUGUGUCUAUUAUGCGACGAAACAGCAUUUGGUUCCGGUUACGGUUGCAAUGAGUGCAGUUUAUACAUGCAUAAAUCAUGUGCCGAAUUACCCCAAGAGUUGCACCACCCUUCUCACCCCAAACAUCCUCUACAUCUUAUGUCCCUUCCACUAUCACGUAAUGAAUGUGAUAGUUGCAGAGAAAAAACAUUCACCUCCAAAUACAGUUGUUCUGAUUGUGAGCUUAAUCUUUGUAUUAAAUGUACUUCUCUACCACUCACCCAAAACACCCACCUUCACGACCACCCAUUGACCCUUGCACACAAGUUGACCAUCUCAUUCAUUUGUGAUGCUUGCGGGAAGGAAGGGAAGGGCAUGUUUUACUUUUGUGCCAAAUGUUCCUUCUUAGUUCACCUUCAUUGUAUUUCCUUACCAUUGAUUCGAACACCACUUAUUAAAGAAGCUGAAAUUCACAACCAUCCAUUAACUCUGGUUCUGAAAUCCAUCUCAUUCAUUUGUGACGCUUGUGGGAAGGAAGGUGGGGCACGUUUUACUUUUGUGCCACUUGUUUUUUUGUUUCCCACCUUGAUUGUGCUUGCUUACCUUCUAUUGUCAAAGUUAUACGGCACAACCACCCUCUCGACCUCACCUACUCUCUUUCUACUAAUCCAUCCAGCCGUAAAGUUUGCAAGCUAUGUGUUAGCAGAGUGGACAUGGACCAUGGGGUCUAUUAUUGCUCGAGUUGUGAUUUUGCUGCUCAUCUUCAUUGUGCUACAAGCAAGGAAGAUAGAGACGAAACAUUUGUUCUGAAGUCUAAAGAUGAAGAAUCUAUUGAGUCAUCGUCAAGUAUUAUAGAACAUGAAGAUCUUGGACUUGAUGAAUCCAUUGACUCGUUAGCAUUUGUUGUCAAAAAGAUUAAAUUGGGAGUAGAGGGAAGUGAAAUAAUGGAAGAAAUCAAAUAUUUCAGUCAUGAGCAUGAGUUAAAGCUCACUAACAAGCUUGGGAUCAACAAAAAAUGUAAUGCAUGUAUGCGGUCUAUCUUUCCUCCAUUUUAUAAUUGUGCUCAAUGUGGAUUCUUUCUUCACAAAGCUUGUGUUGAAUUACCAAGAAAAAUUCGACAUCCACUUCACCAACACCCUCUCAUCCUCCUCCCAACCAAUUCUAGGUUUGCUGCAUGUAAAACCUGUUGUCGUCCUUGUAUUGGCUUCACUUAUAAUUGUGAAAAAUGCAAGUUUGACAUUGAUGUCCAAUGUAGUUUAAUCCCAGACACCAUUACACAUCCUAGUCACGAACAUCAACUUAUUCUUUCUAGAUCAUCGGAUGCUAAAAAGUGCAGUUGUUGUGAUUCGGACAAAGGAUUCAAAUUCUGUUGUGCUGAUUGUGAAUUCACUUUGGACUUCGAAUGUUUAACACUACCCAAUACGAUAAAGUACGAACAACAUGUGCAUCCCUUCACACUCUGUUAUAGUCCAGAAGAUGAAUCUGAUGAAUAUUACUGUGAUAUUUGUGAAAAAGAACGAGAUCCGAAGCGUUGGUACUACUACUGUGCAGAUUGCAUUUUUCCUGCUCAUCCAGCUUGUAUUCUUGGGAUAUUCCUAAAUGCUCCAUGUUUAAAUUACUUAAGUGAACUUUCGAUAUCCACAUGACCAACAUCACUUGCUUUGGUCCUGUUAUAUUAAAAAGUACUAGGGCUUAUGAGUUUGCCAAUGUGUAAUUUCAGUUUUUAAGAUUUUUGUAUCGACUUUCUGUUUUAAUAGAAUUUAUGUUCUUAUAAGCUA